AUGUGUCGGAGGGGCGGGUAUCGCCGAAGCAUUCGUCGCAUCCCCCCGACGGGUGUUGGCCCGCCAGAUGUAACAAUGAAGGUGUUACUACUACUAUCCCUCCUGGCUGUGGCCUCAAGCUACCCUAUCGUGAACACCUGGACCUUCUCGGAGUUGUCCGCGGCCAUUGAGAACAAGAAAGCGGGACAUGACAUUUGGCCUUAUCUUGCGUUAGCUUUUAAUGAGAUCAUGAUGGGACUCUUCUCUGGGAACACUGAUCUUAUCGACGCAGCUAUUCCAUCUCCAUCAGGAGCAGACACGUGGACAGUGGAGGAGGUGAAGGAAGCUCUUAAAGAUCCUACCAUCAAGCCUGAUUAUUUAACAGGUCUGCGGAGCGCAGAGGCCUUUAUGAAGCACAAGAAUGAAACUGGAGAAUUAGAGGACCGUGUGGAAGUAUUGAUACCCGCUUUGGACAUUUCCACAUGGACUGAAUCUGACCUGACGCAAGCUCUGAACAGUCCCAGCACGAAAGAAGAUCUCCUGCCUUUCUUGGAGAAGGCAUUCAACGACCUGAAAGCGGCUCAGGAAAAUUGUAAAACACGGAAUAUCAUCUACAUGAUGACUCCCGUUGGUCUGAUACCUCCUAAGGACAGCUACCAUUACGUAUUGAAACCAUCGAAAAAUCGCAUCAAGAAAGGACUUUAA